GCCACACCAUGGGUGAGAUCAGCCAAGAGACGGUGGAGAAAUACCUGGAGGACAACCCUCAGUUUGCCAAGGAGUACUUCGACAAGAAGCUGCGGGCAGAAGCCCCAGGAGAAAUCUCGGAGCCUGGCAGGGCCCAUGUGCCCGCCAGUGCAUCCUUCCCUGGCCUGACCCUGGCGGAGGAGGCGGCCCUGUGCCUGGAGCUGCUGGGGGUCCUGCGGGAGGAGGCGGGCAGCGCGGAGCUGGCGGUGCACAGGGCGCUGCAGAGGCUGGUGCGGCUGGUGCAGGCCGACCGCUGCAGCAUGUUCUUGUGCCGGGCCCGCAACGGCACCCCCGAGGUGGCCUCUAAGCUGCUCGAUGUCACUCCCACCUCCAGGUUUGAGGACAACCUGGUGGUCCCCGACAAAGAAGCUGUGUUUCCGCUGGAUGUCGGGAUAGUGGGUUGGGUUGCCCACACAAAGAAAACCUUUAAUGUCCCAGAUGUGAAAAAGAACAACCAUUUUUCUGACUUCAUGGACAAACAAACUGGGUAUGUCACUAGGAACCUGCUGGCUACCCCCAUCACGAUGGGCAAGGAAGUUCUUGCUGUGGUUAUGGCAGUUAACAAAGUCGAAGCAGCUGAAUUUUCCAAACAGGAUGAGGAGGUCUUUUCCAAAUACCUCAACUUUGUUUCUGUCAUCCUAAAGCUUCAUCAUACCAACUACCUGUACAAUAUUGAAUCCCGAAGAAGCCAGAUCCUUAUGUGGUCAGCCAACAAAGUAUUCGAAGAGCUCACAGAUGUUGAGCGACAGUUUCACAAAGCGCUCUACACUGUUAGGACAUAUCUGAACUGCGAACGAUACUCUAUCGGACUGCUGGACAUGACCAAGGAGAAGGAAUUCUAUGAUGAAUGGCCAGUCAAGCUUGGAGAAGUCGAGCCUUAUAAAGGUCCAAAGACACCAGAUGGCAGAGAAGUCAUCUUUUACAAAAUCAUCGAUUACAUUUUACAUGGAAAAGAAGAGAUCAAAGUCAUUCCGACCCCUCCCGCAGACCACUGGACGCUUGUUAGUGGGUUGCCAACAUACGUUGCUGAAAAUGGAUUUAUCUGUAACAUGCUGAAUGCCCCUGCUGAUGAAUACUUCACGUUUCAGAAGGGACCUGUAGAUGAAACUGGUUGGGUCAUCAAAAAUGUCUUGUCCCUGCCUAUUGUCAACAAGAAAGAGGACAUCGUGGGGGUAGCCACCUUUUACAACAGGAAGGAUGGAAAACCUUUUGAUGAGUAUGAUGAGCACAUUACUGAGACUCUCACACAGUUUCUUGGAUGGUCUCUUUUAAAUACUGACACCUAUGAGAAAAUGAAUAAGCUAGAAAACAGAAAGGACAUAGCUCAGGAGAUGCUCAUGAACCACACUAAAGCUACUCCUGAAGAAAUCAAGUCUAUUCUGAAAUUUAAAGAAAAGUUAAAUAUAGAUGCAAUUGAAGACUGUGAAGAGAAACAACUUGUCACAAUUUUGAAGGAGGAUCUGCCAGACCCUCGGGCAGCAGACCUGUAUGAAUUCCGCUUCAGUGACUUCCCCAUCACAGAGCAUGGCCUGAUUCAGUGCGGACUGCGGCUGUUUUUUGAAAUAAAUGUGGUGGAGAAAUUCAAAGUACCCGUAGAGGUCCUUACCAGAUGGAUGUACACGGUGAGAAAGGGGUACCGUUCCGUCACUUACCACAACUGGCGACACGGGUUCAAUGUGGGGCAGACCAUGUUCACAUUGCUGAUGACAGGAAGACUAAAGAAAUACUACACGGAUCUUGAAGCCUUUGCCAUGCUUGCUGCUGCCUUCUGCCACGACAUUGACCACAGAGGCACCAAUAAUUUGUAUCAGAUGAAGUCCACAUCUCCACUAGCAAGGCUUCAUGGAUCUUCCAUCUUGGAGAGGCACCACCUGGAGUACAGUAAGACUCUGCUACAGGAUGAGAGUUUAAACAUCUUCCAGAACCUAAAUAAACGUCAGUUUGAAACAGUUAUUCAUUUGUUUGAAGUUGCAAUAAUAGCAACUGACCUGGCUUUAUAUUUCAAGAAGAGAACCAUGUUUCAAAAAAUUGUUGAUGCCUGUGAAAAAAUGGAAACUGAAGAAGAAGCCAUCAAAUACGUAACCAUUGAUCCAACCAAAAAGGAGAUUAUUAUGGCAAUGAUGAUGACUGCGUGUGACUUGUCAGCUAUAACCAAGCCCUGGGAGGUACAAAGUCAGGUAGCACUUCUGGUUGCAAAUGAAUUUUGGGAACAAGGAGAUCUGGAGAGAACAGUGCUGCAGCAACAACCUAUCCCUAUGAUGGACAGAAACAAAAAAGAUGAACUACCUAAACUUCAAGUUGGAUUCAUUGAUUUUGUCUGUACUUUUGUAUAUAAGGAGUUCUCACGGUUUCACAAAGAAAUCACACCUAUGCUGAAUGGUCUUCAGAAUAACAGAGUGGAAUGGAAAACCUUAGCUGAUGAGUAUGACGAAAAGAUGAAGGUACUUGAAGAAGAGACGAAAAAGCACGAAGAAGGAAAUACGACUGAAAAAGCUGCAGAAGAUACAGGAGGUGGUGGUGAUGACAAAAAAUCCAAAACAUGUCUAAUGUUGUAAUGCAAUCCAACUGGUCCCAAUUUCAAAUAUUACCAAGUCUGAAGAAAAAAACAUUUAAAAGAACUUCAGCAAAUUUCAUUCAGCAAACCAUCAAGCAACAGAGUAAGAGACUCUUCAGAAAAGUUACCCUUGUGACUAUCAUGAGAAAAUAUAUUGCUAGCCUGAAAGCCCUGAGGGUAAAAUAAAGUUCAACAAAAGUGCAAAAUAAGACAAAAGUAAGUGCAUUUUUGGUGCCAAUUUGUUUUAAAUUAAAAACAAUAUAGUCCUGAAA